UUACGGCUCAAUGUCAUCUGCAGAUGCUCAUAUUGGAUUAGAAAAUGAAAUAGAUGCGAUUCCAAUAGAUUCUGAAUAUAAAGAAGAAAAAGGAUUCAAGUGGUUUUUAAAAUUCUCCGUUCAACAGAUAGGGAAGCGACCAUGCCUUCCUAUAUUGAUUUUUAUGGUCUUAUCACUAAUAUUCAAUCAAUGGGAUAUUGAAAGGGAUAAGUAUGACGGUCCAAGAAUUAUUCCAGAAGACUCUUCAACAACCGGAGUUUAUUUGAGAAAAAAUGACAAACCGUGUGGUUUCAUGAAAUCGAAAUUUGGAUAUUAUGAAAAUCGCACAUGUUCAGCAAAUGUUCUAAUAGAUCGACGGGAAAGAUUUGGAUGUUAUGUCAGUGAUUGUGGAAGUCCGAGAGAAAUAUUAUGCUCUGAAAAUGGAAAUGGUUGGCUUUCCAAAAAAGUAUUUUCCACGGAAUCAAGAUGUGAAGAUAACACCCAUAUUCGUCAUUAUUGUUGUCGGCCACAAUCUCAACUUUGCACGUGGCAGGGUGUAUGGACUUCAACUGAAACAUUUCAGAAUAUAAAUUGCCAGUUUGAGCCUAAUUCAGAAUGUGGGAACUUAUUGUGUACUAAUGGGCAACACAAAAUACUGGCGGAUUCUGAAGGUUUUUGUCGAUCGGUGAUGAUGAAUGGAAGAUGGGGAUCUGCCACGUGUGGCAAGAUUUUUUCAGACAAUUCUGAUGAAUGGUACAAGAAAAUAGAUGCGUAUUCGGUGAUUGAUGUAUAGUUUGCAGUUGAUUAUUUUUAACUAGAUAAAACGAUUUUU